AUGGGGUAUUUGGAUCAAAUGUACUACAGUGGACAUUUCGUGGAAAUAAAAGUGAUAAUCAACCAAUUUAAUAGUUUUGACGCUUUACCAUUCCACGACGCCAAGAAAGUAUUCGAAAACCCGUCAAUACAACAUGGUUUAAAUCUGAUUUAUGCACGUUUUUCUAAAAUACCAGAACUAAUUACAAGUCUAGAAGCAAGAUACUUGGUACUACACAGUGGCGCGGUGAAGUGAAAUAUUUUAUCGGGCGAUUCAUUUUUUUUUUUUAAUGACCUACCACCACCCCUCGACUCUUAGGCAUUGAUCAUUAUCAUUACUACCCACGAAUAAACUAAAAUGAUAGUGCUUUAAAUUGCCAUAUUCCUUGUUGUUUUUUACAGUAUUCUGGGCUAAUGGCUUUUCCUAGAAUAGUUAUUAUUAAUUUUAUUAUUCUCAUUUAAUAUCAUAUGACAUAUUCUGAUGAAGUUAAUCUUGUACUACAAUUUCUCCACAGACUCCAGUACUCAACCACCAGGUACCCAUCCGCCCACUACUUAAAAUUAUCGGGAAAUUGCCCCUCAAAAUCACGUCCAACACGCCACUGGUACUACACAAUUCAUUAAAAGUAAUGAAAGAAUCAUCGACAACAGCAUCUGAACUGCCUGACGUAUUUGCUGAAAAAAUCAAAACAGAAAAUACUUGA